UAAUGAUUGCUCGGUUGUGCUCAAGUGUCCCAGGAGCAAGAGCUCUGGACUCAAGUCACUGCCUUGAUGACUUGUAACUUGAUUUAACAGAAAAUGCAUAACUGGAGACUCAACUUGCACUUGUAUACUUCAGGUAGGACUGAAACUGGACCCUGAAACUGGAGCAGCAACAUGGACGCGGCCAUUAUGAAUAAGAGCAUGUGUCUGUGCUUUCACUAGUGUAGCGUGUUAAAAUACCCUUUUUUUUGGGAUAUACCUUCCAAAUAAUAAUUAAACAUUGAACUGCUCCACUGUGGCCCACAGUCAGGUCAAUUUCACCGACAAAAACACUGGGACGUCACCACGCUAGGUGGCGCUCUCCCAGUACUCUUCGACUCCCGUGUCUCUGCGGGGGACGGGGGGCCGGGGGGGCUGCGGUCCGCUCCUCCGGCCCGACAGAGGGCGCUGCGCCGCGGGCGGGGCUACAGAAGCGCAGUGUGGGUUUUUUUUUUUUUUUUUUUUUUUUUUUUUGUUUCCCAGCUCUCGUCGGUGCGCUGUCCACUUCAGCACCACAAGGCGAGCAGAGGCAGCGGGGCUAGCUAGCGCUGAAGAGGAAGGCGACUGAAGACGGCGGCUCAGCCUCAGCAUCAGCACCAGCGACCAGCGGACCAGCGCCGACCCGAGUCCCGAGCAGCAGAAGAACUACCCGCCGCUCUCCGCCCGAAAACGCCGACGACCGCGAGGCGACGGGACCCGCAGAGAAGAGUUCCGUAAUCAUGUACGAUGCUGCGAGGGUGCCAUCUCCCAAAGAUGGUGCAAACGGGGUGGCCCAGCCCGUGGUCCCCGGAGCAGGAGCCGGAACAGCUGCGGGACCAGGAGGGCCGACGCCGACCGCCGCCCUACAGGCGAAAGCCGAGGAGGGACAACCCGGUAUGGAGGAGGAGGAGGAGGAGGAGGAGCCCAAAGCUGAACCUGUCCUGGUGAAAAAGCCACACAGAGAGAUUCUGGACCACGAGAGGAAGAGGAGGGUGGAGCUCAAAUGUAUGGAGCUGCAGGAGAUGAUGGAGGAGCAGGGGUACACAGAAGAAGAGAUUCGACAGAAAGUGAGCACAUUCAGGCAAAUGCUGAUGGACAAGGAGGGCGUUAUCACCAGAGAGGGAUCACACACUCAGCCAGUGGUCAACCACCUGCACUAUCAGCCCGACGAAUACGGAGAGGACCCUGAACUGGUCGGCUACGAAGAUGGGGACUACGAGCACGAUUACCACAGUGACAACAGAGUGAAGAGGAAAUCAAGCAGCUCUCCAUCCCCUCGUCCAAAGAAAAGGAAGAAGAAGAAAUCUGGCCGCCGAAGGAGUCGGUUUGGCAGCUCCUCACCCACUCACAGAGAGAAGAAGAAAAAGAGUGGGAAGAAACACAAGCGAGACAGAUCCGCAUCUGGCUCCAGGAAAAAGAGGAGAUACAGGUCGGGCAGCCCGAAGAACAAACACAAAGACAAGAACAAACAGAAAAAGAGGUCCCCCGGCGAGACCCCCGGCAGGAGUUCGCAGCGUCAAGGCAGCUGCUGUAGCUCCCGCAGCGCCUCCCUGUCCUCCACCCGGAGCACCUCCAAAUCUCCUGCCAGACUGAACUCCAAGCACAAGAUGGACGGACAAAAGGUGUCAAGCACCCCGCUGUCCCCGGGCUCCAACACUCCAGCGGCGUGGCACAACGGGGACCACACCCAGCGAAGCCGCAACGGCAAGGCCGGCAGACUCAACCACGCCGAGGGCGACAAGGGGCACGAUAAGCUCCGUCUGCUGGCCGCGAGCUCUGCAGGCGUCCAGUCCGCCCUGCUGAGAGAGCACAAGCUCCACAGCGCCCCCGGCAGGAGCCAAACGGGACAGACGUGCGCAGCAGGGGAGGCUGGGAGUGUGGACGGCAGGCACGCGGCCGUAGGGAGCUCCGUGAGCCAGGCGUCGGGGAGGAGAGGGAGCCAGAGGGGCCAGAACAAGAGCUCCCACUCCCCCGCUCACAGCAGCGACUCGGCCCACUCCCAGCACAACCACGCUCACAGAGGGAGGAACUCUCGGCACCAGAGAAAGACAAAAGGUGGCCACUCUUCCAAGCGCCACCGACGCUCCAGCCGGGGUCAGGCACACCACCGGAGCCAGUCUGCAUCCCCGGGACGCCACUCGCACACGUCGGGCAGGAAGAAAGAGGAGAAGAGCAAAACCAACCUCCGCCAGCGCAGCAGCUCCUGGAGCAGCGGGCGCUCGUCCUCGCGCUCGGCCUCCAGAGACAGAGGCCCCAGCAGGGCCAAGUCCCCUCACAACAGACAGAACAACUCCAGAGAGAGGGAGAGCGCGAACCACUCCGACACCGACAGCAGAGCCCGCCGCCGCUCGCGCAGCUACUCCCCCAUCCGCAAAAGAAGAAGAGAUUCGCCCAGCUUCAUGGAGGCUCGCAGGAUCACCAGCGCCCGGAAGCGGCCGAUCCCGUACUACCGGCCCAGCCCUUCGACGUCCAGCUUAGACAGCAGCCCGUCGCGGUCCAGCCGCAGCCGUAGCCGCAGCUACAGCAGCUACAGCCGCAGCAGGAGCCACAGCCGGAGCCACAACCGGAGCCACAGCAGGAGCCGGAGCUGGAGCAGGAGCCGCAGCCAGAGCCGGAGCUGGAGCCGCAGCAGGAGCCGCUCGCGCAGCCACCACAGCUACUACAGCCGCAGCAGCUACGACAGCCCCGGCUUCUGAAACACAAACAAACAGAGGAGCAGGCCGGUUUGAUUUACUGAGCUCCGCUCCGGUCGUGACGUAUCCGCGGUACGGUACGGUCCAGGGCCCCUCGACCCCCGGACCAUUAUCCCUCUCUAACACAGAGCCUGGAUCAAAGAGGAGAAAUGUAUUUUGAUAUAGCACAUUUAUUAUGAAAUUGGCUGUCACUGUUCAUGUCUUCAAGUAUACAAGGUAUUACAGGAAAUGGGUCGCCACAUGUCAAACAUUAAUUUGGUAGAGCCCAAAGAACAAAUCUCGCUGUACGUUAGCACUUUCUUUCUCUUCCGCCACAAAGCAACCAAAAAUGAAUCCAUCGAAAACUAUAUACUAUAAAUAUAUAUAAAUAUAUAUGAGUAGAGGACAGAAAGGGGACACGUGGACAGAUUACUGUACAUUUCCAGAGAAUCUUUUUUUUCCCCUCAUCAUGUCCUCAUUUUUUCCCCAAAGACCUCCAUUUCAUCGAAGCACAGCGAUCAACGAAAGUGAGAACAAAAGGGAGGUCGGCGGAUGAAGCAGGAAGCAAAACCGGAAAAAAAAAGAACUUUUUUUUUAAUGAUUAAAAAACUGUAUUGUAUAGGUUUGUCUGUAUAGAUGUAAACUCUCUUAACGUUCUUUGCUUUGUAAACUAUGCACUGUAUAUUCCAUCUAGUUUGAAGAGGCUUGUUUAGCAUGAUGCAUCAGGAGAGACUUGCUGCUCGAAAGGAGAGAACCUGGCUCGAAAAGCGAAAAAAAGGCGCCAGGGUGCAUCUGUUCUCCCCUCAGCACCCGCAUACAGAGGUGACCAGGGAGGGGAGAAAAAAAACUAUGUAUUAUGUACUUUGACUCUCUUCCCUGUUUCAAUUAUGUUGAUUCUGCUAAUCCUGACUUUAUGAGUGAGACUGAGAGUGUGUGUGUGUGUGUGUGUGUCUGUGUCUGUGUCUGUGUGUACCUCCUCUGCAAAGACCAGUGAGGUAGAUAUUUGUGUGUUCCCCCCCUCAGUAGCCUGCCCCCCAGGCUACUGUGUGGUGCUGUACAGGACAAACUGUCUGCAAAAAGUCUCCAUGCACACUUUUAUGUUGAUGACAGCUAUUUAUAAUUGGACUGUAUUUAUUAGUUUUAUUUAUUGGGUUAUUUAUUGAUUUAUUUAUCUUUUUAUGCCAUGAGCUGUAAAGCAGUUGGAUCAUGCUUUGAAGAUGAGAUUGCCGCGAAACUGUAUAUGUCCAUGUUUGACCAAAAAAACAAACAAAAAAAAAGGGUUCCUUAUAGCGGCCAAGGCUUACGAUCGGGUGCAGUGUGUUUAGGACGCUCUGAUUUCCGCCAGUGGAACUGAGCCUUUGCCGACAGUUACUUCCACGACUGCCAUCAUGGCGCCCCCCCCCCACGGCCUAUUGUAACGGCUCGCCCUACUGCGAGCCACGGCGGCUCUGCCUGUAGUGAGGAGAGAGGGAUCAGCCUCGAACAGAACACCUCUCUGUGAUUGGAGGAGACUCCAUCAGCGUUAACACACCGUACAGCUCCUACAGCGCGGUAAACAGACUGGCGAUACAAUCAGGGAUCACCCCAAGUCUUCCUUCCUACCAUUCGUCCAGUCUCACGUCACUCGCACAGCGUUGCAUUCCCAGUGUGACCCAUCUAUGAUACUCUGCAAAGCUGUUAAUUUAUUCCAAGUAUAGCAUCGCCCCAUUUGGUUUUUUUCGACGAGUCAUUCUUUGUAGUGUACAAGUUAUUAUACCUGACAAUAAACAGAAACAAAUGGGGAAUUGA